AUGCCUCAAAACGAGUAUAUCGAACAACAUAUCAAGCAACAUGGUCGUCGAUUAGAUUAUGAAGAGAGAAAGCGUAAGAGAGAAGCCCGUGAAGCCCAUAAAGUGUCUGAAAGAGCCCAGAAGUUGACUGGUUGGAAGGGUAAGCAAUUUGCCAAGAAGAGAUAUGCUGAAAAGGUCGCUAUGAGAAAGAAGAUCAAGGCCCAUGAACAAUCGAAGGUCAAGGGCUCCUCGAAACCUCUUGAUGAUUCCGGAGAAGCGUUACCUACAUAUCUGUUGGACAGAGAACAAAGCAAUACUGCCAAGGCGAUUUCUUCUUCUAUCAAACAAAAGAGAUUGGAAAAAGCUGAUAAAUAUUCUGUUCCAUUACCGAAAGUACGUGGUAUCAGUGAAGAAGAAAUGUUCAAAGUGGUCAAGACCGGGAAGUCCAAGACUAAGUCAUGGAAGAGAAUGAUCACAAAACAUACAUUUGUCGGAGAAGGGUUUACAAGAAGACCGGUCAAGAUGGAAAGAAUCAUCAGACCAACCGCUCUAAGACAGAAGAAGGCCAAUGUGACACACCCUGAAUUAGGAGUGACAGUAUUCUUACCGAUCCUAGGUGUCAAGAAAAAUCCACAAUCGCCAAUGUACACACAACUUGGAGUGUUGACCAAAGGUACCGUUAUCGAAGUCAACGUCUCUGAAUUGGGUAUGGUCACAUCCGGUGGUAAAGUGGUCUGGGGGAAAUACGCACAGAUCACCAACGAACCCGAUCGUGACGGGUGUGUGAAUGCAGUAUUGUUAGUAUGA